UUUCUACAGUACUAUUUUUUGUCACAAAUAUUUUUAGUUUUAUAGAUUCCUUGAAUACUGUUAUAGAAAUGGCAAGCAAUUUUUUUAACCGUGACCUUGGUUUAGUCCCUAGUUUUACUUUUAGUUUAGUGGAGGAAUACAUCUCAAGUCAUAGCAAAUCGUCAGGAAAAAAAUACAUAACUAAAGGUUUCAAAUACUACAGCGAAAGUUUCAUUUUUAACAUCACUUCCACAAACCUGGCAUAAACCCAGAGGCCAGCAAAUUGAACCAGCAGAAGUGCAAUGUUUGGUGGUCCAUGGAUACCAUUCAAAGACAGAUGAUGAUUCUCCUCCCAAGUCAGUGAAGAGCACACUUUAUCUGCCAGUAAACCGAGAGGAAUUCCCUUCCACACAAGCUUUGCUAGAAAGUCUUGAAGAGGAGAUUCCUGAGUGCCAGAUCAUACCAGGUCUAAAGGAGUCAUGCCUACCACACCAAGCUCUUGCUACAAGAUAUGGAAAUUUUCCCAAAGGUUCACCAGUGAGCUACCAGCAAAAGCUCUCUUCCACCUACAUUUAUAAUAUUGUUAGUCCCUAUGAUGUCCCUGAUUUACCAGUAAGAAAUGUCAUGAAAAACAACUACAAUGCUGUCCUGACAGAAGAAAAGCUAAUCAAAUUUGAAGAUGUAAAACUUUCUUUACAAACAUUGAUAAAAUUUGAGAAACAAACAAGGCUACAAAGCACAUCACCUUUGUGGCAUAAACUAAGAAGAACCAGAAUCACUGCAAGUAAGAUAGGAAGAAUAUAUAGCAGGCAACGAGCUGAUCCAGUCAAACUUGUAGAGAAUUUAAAGAAGAAAACUGUACAGACAGAAGCCAUGAGACUGGGAACAGUGAAUGAGCCCCUUGCAGCUGAAAGAUAUGCCAAUCAUAUCAAACAAGGGAAUGUCAAUGUCUUGCCUUGUGGUAUUGUUGUUAAUUUUUGGUGUCCCUGGCUGGCUGCAAGUCCUGACAGAAUAGUUUAUGACCCUCAAAAAAACCCUUAUUUUGGUCUUUUGGAAAUAAAAUGUACUGUGAAGAGCUCAGUAUUAGAAGUUGACUAUGUCCAGAAUCAACAAGGGCAGAUUUGUCUAAAGAGGAAUCAUGCAUACUACUACCAGGUUCUCAUGCAAUUGGCUGUCACUGGCAUGGAAUGGUGUGACUUUUUUAUAUGGUCAAACAAUGAUGAGCAUUUGGAAACAAUCCAGUUUGAUGCUGACAUGUGGCAAACAGUCAAAGACAAGGCUGAUGCCUUUUACUUUGARUACUACAUCUAGACUGAAGAACCAAACAUUAAAUUGUUCAUAUCUGUGGAAAAGGCACUGGACAAAGAACAUUGAAUUAUAUGUAAUUUCUAUGUAAACAUUACAGUGACAAAGAUUCAAUUUGAACAGUUCAAACUUAGUUUAUUAUUGCAUAUGGAUACAACUCUUCAUAAUACAUUUGUGUGAAACAUGUAGUUUUAUUCUAAACAAAUGAUAUAAAUUUUAUUUUGAAAUUA